AUGCAAGGAACACGGCAACAGCAAGUCGUCGCUGUCCCAGAUGGCGCCCUUGCACCGCGCGAACAUAGUAUUCGAGUCGCCCAGCAGCGCACUGGAGUGGCUCUCUCGGUCUAUGCUCCAGGCCGGAGCCAGUCACUCGCGUUCUCGUCCAAUGCCGCCGUCGACGCUCAUCGGAGCAUCGCCUCUCGAGGAUGCGCCGGGGGUGCAGCUGCAGUAGGAGGGAGGGAGGAGAGAGGCCAGAUGUUUAUGGAGGGAGUGGAGAGAGCGGGCGAUGUGGCUCACAGAACAACCACAAGGUGGAAGAGAUCAGGUCUUGGUGUUGCUGGUACGGCAGGCCGAGAUUAUCAACGAUUCGAUACCUACCUGGCCUAUCUUAUUGGGUUGUCAAUAGACGAUCCAUGGUCCACUGGGCGUGACUAUUCAUAA